AUGUCUGUCGUUGUCCAUUCGCAACCGGAUGAUCUCGACGUGCAGUCGACUGUGCUAGACAUCUAUUCCAACCGUUCCACCCCCAAGGGGGUGUUUUUACCCGAGCUAUUGGAGCAGAUCUUUGAACACGUAGCGUUAGAGAACAGCUUGCAUGCAUGCAUGCUCGUCUGUAGAGACUGGCAUACCUGUGCGGCGCGAGUUCUAUGGCAAAAGGUGGUCUUUGAAGAUACGCAAGUGAAUCACUUUGAAAAAUUCGAGGACUUUGCCAGCGUUUUUGCCUCGUGGACUCCUCCAUUGCACACCUUCCGUCGCCUUUUACCGCUUUGUGACAUGGGAGCGUUUCACAAAUUCCAACAUAUCGACGACGAAUGUACCAAUUGCGACCAUGACGAUAGUGAAGUCCUAGCAUUGCAAGCACCAAAGCUAGACCAAGAUGCCGUCAGUCCCAAUAUCGAGUCUUAUCGUCGCGGUUUGCGAUAUUUGUCACUCCGUAAAGUGAAAGACAACACCAUCAACGAGCCACUUACCGCUGUUGCAAGAUACGCUAGACAACUGACCCAUAUCGAUAUGUAUAUUUGCGACUACCUGGCCGAUACUACCGUCAUGGCGUUCAUUACCCCGAAUCUCACCAAUAUUUCGUUCGCGGGAUGUCAUCAAAUCACCGACAUAAGUAUAUCGCUCAUAGCUCAAAGCUGUCCAAAACUGGUCCACCUCGAUUUAAGAGCAUGUGGUGCGGUAUCUGACGUUUCUAUCUCGCAAAUUGCUCAGGCUUGUCCCCGGUUACGACAUCUCAACGUUGGACGUAUUCGAGAAGGCCGUCGCAUCACUUUUGCAUCGAUCAAACUCAUUGCAGAGCUGACAAAUGUUGCUGUGCUAGGUUUAGCUGGAUGCGAUUUAACGGACCAAUGCAUUGAAGUGCUCGCUCAUGCUCGUGGUAGCGGUCUGGAAAGGCUGUCUGUCAACAAUUGUCAUAAACUGACCAAUAGGAGUAUACGUAAAGUGCUGGAGCACUGUCAACGCCUGUCGGUGUUUGAAAUGAAGGAAUGUCAUUUAAUUGACGAUUGGGAAGCCAUUACCGAGCUCGUUCAACGGCAAGUCUUGAUGACUCUCUGUGACCAGCAAAACCGAGCCUGUGUCAAAUGGGCCAAAUCCCAAGGUAAAUCCGUCAAAGUGCGUGCUCCCAUCAAGUAA